AUGUGCAACAGCAACUGGGCUAACAGAGGCAACAAGAAACAGGAGGAAAAGGGCUGUUGGAACGAGAUGGAAGAGCUGAAAUAUCUGAUCGGGGCGAUCGAUUGCUUAAAGUGUCCACACGUUCCACCUCCACCCUCCUGCUCGGUGAUGCUCCCACCAAGAAUCCAAGAAGUCCCGUGCAUCAUGCAACCUCGAAGGCCCCCCUGUCCAGUCCCGCCACCCUGUUGUCCUCCGAUCGCGCCCGGACCUUGCUGUCCUUGUCCAUUGCCCAAGGCGAAGCCACCUGAGCAGCAACGAAAGCGGCGACCACCUACGCCUCCCAAAUGUUGUCCACCGUGUAAUCCCCUGCCGUGUUACGCCAGUAAGUCAUCGAGGUCGUUUCGAACCGUAAUUUCCGAGGGAAACGUCCCUUUGGACUCAUUUUUCAAAGUUUUUUCGACUUUGGAUAAAAAAUUUUGGCUCUUUCUAUUUUGUCUGUCACGAAAUUUGAUAAAUUGUAAAAAAUUGACGAUGCUGAAGAAAAAUGUUGUUGGGCUCAAAAUGAUGGAACUGGUCGAACGAAUAAUUGAUUUUUCGAUUUUUUUCUCAAUCGUUUGACACUCUUCGCAUUGUUUUUUCAUGAUGAAUGAAACAAAAAUUGUACUCGAUGAUUGAACGAGUGAGGAAUGAGUGACUGGCGUCCAAUUGGCUAAAAUUUGCGAUCCUUUGCAUUGAGUUAAUAUUGCGAACUUAAUGGAUUGGUUCAUGGAACAUUUUAUCGUUUGUUGUCCCUGCAGUGAAACGCGUGUUGAGAGUUUUUUUAAUUGCGUUUUUAAUGAGGUCGGCGAUGGGAGGAAAAAUGAAGUGGUUUCGUUGUGGAUUAAAUCGAGUGGAAAAGACAAAAUGAAAUUCAUUGUGUUGAUCUUUCCGGGAUUAAUUAAAUGGAAUAUUUUUAGUUAUUUUUUUAUUUGUGAAUUGGAGAUAAAAAAAUGUUGGAAAUACAAGAAAAUUGGUUCAUUGUGAAA